GGAGGCGGCCGGGUCAGGCGCGUGGCCGCGCGGUCCCCGGGGGUCCGCCAGCCCAGCGGCGCCGAGGGGACGGGCGCGGUCCUGCCCGCGCGCAGUGCUCGCUGCCGCUGCUCCCGCCCCGCCCGUCGGCCGCGCCGCGUCAUGCCAGGCGCUGCUUGGCGUUAGUGCCCAGCCAACGUCCGCCUGCCCACGCGCAGCCGCGCCAACUGCGGAGAGCCAGAGGGAUGGUGGUAGUCACAGGACGGGAGCCAGACAGCCGUCGCCCGGACGGUGCCAUGUCCAGCUCCGACACCGAAGACGAAUUUCUGGAGCCGGCCACCCCGACGGCGACGCAGGCGGAGCACGCACUGCCCCUGCUGCCCCAGGAGUUUCCUGAGGUUGUCCCUCUUAACAUUGGAGGGGCUCACUUCACCACACGCCUGUCCACCCUACGGCGCUAUGAAGACACCAUGUUGGCAGCCAUGUUCAGCGGGCGACAUUAUAUCCCCACUGAUGCUGAGGGCCGGUACUUCAUUGACCGGGAUGGCACACACUUUGGAGAUGUGCUGAACUUCCUGCGCUCGGGAGACUUGCCCCCCCGGGACCGCGUGCAGGCCGUGCACAAAGAGGCCCAGUACUAUGCCAUCGGGCCCCUCCUGGAGCAGCUGGAGAACAUGCAGCCGCUGAAGGGGGAGAAAGUGCGCCAGGCGUUUCUGGAACUCAUGCCCUAUUACAAAGACCAUUUGGAGCGGAUUGUGGAGAUUGCCCAGCUGCGCGCGGUCCAGCGGAAGGCCCGCUUUGCCAAGCUCAAGGUCUGUGUCUUCAAGGAGGAGAUGCCCAUCACCCCCUAUGAGUGUCCCCUUUUCAACUCCCUGCGCUUCGAGAGGAGCGAGAGUGACGGGCAGAUCUUUCAGCACCACUGCGAGGUGGAUGUGUCUUUCGGGCCCUGGGAGGCCGUGGCCGAUGUGUAUGACCUGCUGCACUGCCUGGUCACGGACCUCUCUGCCCAGGGCCUCACCGUGGACCACCAGUGCAUCGGGGUGUGUGACAAGCACCUCAUCAGUCACUACUACUGCAAGCGUCCCAUCUAUGAGUUCAAGAUCACCUGGUGGUGAGUAGCCCUGGUAGGGAACAGAGUCCCGUCAGGGAGGGUGUCCCUGCCCCUUGGUGGCACUGGGAGGAGACUCCCCGAAAGGGUUACUGACUGGCCCAGAACCUGCCGAGGUGAGGACUGAGCCCUGAGGCGAAGCUCCAGCGGGAGGGCGACCCGGCUUCAGUUUCCCUGGCGGCACUUCAGCGUCAGACUCGUGGCCCACGGGGACUUGGGGCCUGCACUCACUGGUCUUUCCUCAAGGCCUUGGCAGCCUUUGCCUGGGGCUGAGGUGGUCUGGCUAGCUAGGGCUGGACCAGGAAGUUCAGAGAGGUUUUUUUUAUUUUCU